GUGCUCUUCCGACGGAUCUCGUGACUGAUUUCACUCACCCGCCGGAGUCAAUAGAACGAGUAACGGCUGCUGUCGUUAUUAAUGGCGACAGACGGACUCAAACAGACAUUAAACAUGCCUCGCCGGAGACUCCUGAGAUAAAGCUGCUGUAAGAGACGAACCAUGUGGAGAGUUCAAGGUUUUGUUGGAAGAGUUCUACAUCGAUGCCAUGGCAACAACAACCCCCUGCGGCUGCCCCAGAAUCAGGGGCAGUCUCAGGGACUGGGGGAGGUUGAGGUCAUCAACAACUCAGCUGUCCUCUCCACCUCCCGACACUCCUCUGACGGCAGCUCUCAGAAAGAGGAAGAUGGAGAGAGGAGGAAGAAACAGAGGACCUUUCAGUUUGGCUACGCUGAGCUUCCACGUUACACAGCCCUAGAUGCUGUGGGAUGGGGGGCUGCAGCAGCUCUGUUCAUGCAGAUCUGCAGGAGGAUCCACUCCCAGUUCUCCUCAAACACUGAGCCCAGUCCGAUCCCUGGGGCCCUGACAACACCCUCAACCUUACAUAAGUGUGGCUACCGCAUUUUGCUGGAGAUCUUGUCCAGACGUGAUGUCCUGCCCAGAGGAAGGAGUGUGUUGUGUCUGCAGGGGGUGCCAGAGAGACAGAACCAAGAUCAGUCCCCGGCUCAGAGCAGCAGCAGCAGCAGCAGCAGCAGCAGCAGUAGUAGCAGUUGUUCAGGUGAUGCCAGUGAUCACAGCAGCAGUGAGCAGGACCAUCUGACUGCUAACUGCUCCAUCUCUGACCAGCAGAGGGCACUCCUGAACCACGAUUCUCCUGUACCGGAGGAACCACUUCUGUCAGCGUCCUGUCCUCUGCAGAAUGAUGCCGACCGAGGCAACACACAGACAAAAGAUGCUAGAGACAAGGACUUGUUGUCAGAUGAGGAGAGGCUGGCAGGAGCAGCACUGAAUCUCAGACAUGUGGGAGAAACCAGUAUUCCUGUUGUCCUCAACAUCAUUGGUCUCGAAAGUGCCAAGAGUGAGAACUACGAGGAAGCUUUUACAUGCUUCCUUGCUGCAGCUAAGCAGGGUUACAGCAAGGCCCAGUUCAACACCGGUGUGUGCUAUGAGAAAGGCAGAGGAGUCAGCAUGGACAAAGAGAAGGCUCUAUAUUACUACUGGCAGGCAGCAGCUGGGGGUCACAGACAGGCUCAGUACCGCUAUGCAAAGCUGCUCCUGACCAGCAGGGGGCACCAGAGUUUAGAGGAGCUAAACACAGCCAUCAGUUUACUGGAAGAGGCUGCUGCAGCUGGACUCACCAAGGCGCAGGUCUGCCUCGCCUCGGUUUACACUCAGGAGCCGGUGAGAGAUGGGAGCAGAUCUGUGCAGUACCUGAAGAUGGCAGCAGAGAGCGGAGACGACACUGCCCUGCUCUUCCUGGGUCAGUGUUUCGAGAGCGGCUUUGGGGUGCAGCAGAAUCUGAGGACAGCCAUUGAAUACUACAAACGAGCCGCUCAAGCAGGCAACAAGCAGGCCAAGAGUUUACUGCAGUCUCCCAAUGAUACAUUCAGUAAGGAAGAUACGCUGCUGCGCUCCAUCCGUUCAGCUCCAUGUUUCUCCGUAGUCGACCGGCGGCUCCAGCAGCCGCUCUCCUCUCUGGCCAGUCAUGUCCCUCCCUCCACCAGUCGCCCCGUCCCGCUUCCCCUCCUGCCUCACUCCUGGAGCACCGGGAGCCUGUGUGUCCCGCCAGCGCUGUCCACCACGCCUCUUCACCUCUAUCCCUGCAGCACUGAGGGAGGAACCUGCCAGUGGACUGUAGGGAUAGGUAUAUAGGAUAUCCUGAGCCAGCACAGGUCAAACUGAGGAAUGUAUUUCAAAGCGUGAAUGUGAGAAGAGAGGUCAAAAGUGUGUAAGGUAUGUACAUAUUGUGAAGUCUGGACUAGAGUAGAUUUUAUACUUUGCCAACUAUGUGUGCGUGUUUGGACAUUUAAAUAUGAUUUUGAAUGAUUUUUUUUAUAAGUCUGAAAGAGCUGUUGGACUCAAGGUCUUACAGUAUUAUAGAAUGAGAUAUGGAAGCUUUUCUACUACUGUCUCUAUUCAGUACAGUGUUUUCUGUGAAAGAUGUUCUCCUGUCAGUAACAAAAUGUGAUCCGGAUGCCUUUGGAUGGGUUGAGAAUCUCAGCUGUUUCUCUCCCUGCUAAUGUUGGAUUAAUCACAUAAAAAAGGUUUGUUAUAUUUGUGUAUGAAAAUUGUAUUACUGGGAUCACACUUCUGAAACUGACAAAGUCCUUUAAAUAGUGUCAUAUUUUAACUUUAAGUAAUAGCAUUACUGUAUGUAAAAGAAAGACUUGAGAGGAGUAAGAAGAAAUGCCUUGUGAUAGUUCAACCUGUGAACUAUAAACAUACCAAAGGGAAUUAUGAUGCACUAUGAGAACGAUGUUGUACUGUUAUACGCACAAGCUCAGUAAAAUCAUGAAAAAAAA